AUGGCUACCCAGGCUGCUCUUUUCAAACCACCCAGAUUGCAGCUCAAUUUGGUCUCGCCCGACAUACCACCGGAAAUCAUCCUCAAGAUCAUCCAGUACCUCCCAUUCCACAAUGGCAAAGACGUCCUCAGACUCCAACAUGUGCAUCCGCGGUUACGAGACCUUCUCCGAAACUACGAGCGCUCGCUCACACGGACGUUCAUGAACCAAGAGCUCCCACAUGCUUCAACAGACUUUCCAUGCUGCGCAAAGUUCGGCUAUCGAUGUCUGGUGGAGUGCGUACGGAGAUACGAUAUUGUAGACGACAUUAUGGAUGCGUUAUCAUCGCGGCAGAACUACUACGCAGUGGAUCGGCACAACGUACCAUUGCUGAAUACAGGGCUGCUGCUGAUAUACCGAGUUGCGUCUCUAGGAGACCACAACGCCCAACUCGACUUUAUCAAAUCACUUUCCCGCGACCCCCUCACAGCGAUGUAUCUCGCCCUCCACAAUUCCACGCUUACAGCGCGCUACCACGGCUCAGGCUGGAUCCACCAGCGCACAUAUGGCCGCUUCAUGGACGCGAAUCAGAUCUCGCUGCGCAACGAAUUGGAGUUUUGCUUCGCCGAGGCUGCUCUGACACUGGGGCCAGACUUUAUCUCAGACCUCUUGCUCCGGCCCACGAAACCAGGCGCCGAAGCCACGUUUCUGAACUUCUACCAUGACCACGGGACACACGAUUGGGAGUGGCCGGGGUGGGGCGAGGAAGAGGGGGAGUUCAACCCGCCUAGGACGCAGGGGCCAAAGAAACAGGAUAGGAGCAUGGGAAGGAGUCUGUUCACAACUUUAUUGGAGAGGCUAGCGGAGUGCUCGAAAUGCUCGGUGGACGAGGUACGGAUCAAGAUCGAGGAGCAGACCAACGACCAAGACCACCCCUUGUCAUGCCUAAACUUGUAUGGCAAGGCGCGAUUGAUGUCAGGUCGGAACUGGGACUGGGCAGAAGAGGAGCAGCACAAAGGGCGGCGGGAUUCAGUUCAUUCCUAG